CCAGAAGCUGGGCUGGAGACACAGUUUCUCUUCCACUGCUCCUUUACUUUGACGAAACCCUAGGAAGGGACCAUGCUCCUGCUUCCACUGCUCGUCCUUCUCUGUGUAGUGAGCGUGUCCUCAUCAGGGUCACAAACCUGUGAGGAAACCCUGAAGACUUGCUCUGUGAUAGCCUGCGGCAGAGACGGGAGAGAUGGGCCCAAAGGGGAGAAGGGAGAACCAGGUCAAGGGCUCAGGGGCUUGCAGGGCCCUCCAGGGAAACUGGGGCCUCCAGGAAGUGUAGGAGCCCCUGGAAGUCAAGGACCAAAAGGCCAAAAAGGGGAUCGUGGAGACAGCAGAGCCAUUGAGGUGAAGCUGGCAAAUAUGGAGGCAGAGAUAAACACCCUGAAGUCAAAACUGGAGCUAACCAACAAGUUGCAUGCCUUCUCCAUGGGUAAAAAGUCUGGGAAGAAGUUCUUUGUGACCAACCAUGAAAGGAUGCCCUUUUCCAAAGUCAAGGCCCUGUGCUCAGAGCUCCGAGGCACUGUGGCUAUCCCCAGGAAUGCUGAGGAGAACAAGGCCAUCCAAGAAGUGGCUAAAACCUCUGCCUUCCUAGGCAUCACGGACGAGGUGACUGAAGGCCAAUUCAUGUAUGUGACAGGGGGGAGGCUCACCUACAGCAACUGGAAAAAGGAUGAGCCCAAUGACCAUGGCUCUGGGGAAGACUGUGUCACUAUAGUAGACAACGGUCUGUGGAAUGACAUCUCCUGCCAAGCUUCCCACACGGCUGUCUGCGAGUUCCCAGCCUGAGGAAACCAGUGCCUCCAUCGUCUCCUUGGCUCUCAGUCGCUUCCAAAAAAAAUUCAGUUACUGGUUUCUCAAGUUUAGUGUUAAGUGAUUCUUUUGAUGGGAGAGAAUGUAUUUGCUUGUGGCAUGAGGACACGAAUAGAAGCUGACCGGGAGGCACCAGGAUCUGGUUGAGCACGGAGCAAAGGUCACAUCCAUUUUGCUAGGAACACAGCAAGAAGUCAACUAUGGAAAACCUACAAUAAAUAUCCCCUGCCCUUUUCACCAGAGGACCAAAGGUGGUCCUUAUCUGUGCCAGAGUGGCAGCUGAUCUCAGCCAUAAAAGCACCCAAUUCCCUUUCUCCAUGAAUUGUCACUAAGUGGUGUCAAACGUGCCUGUUUGAAGUCAUCCUCAGUCUACAAGGUG